AUGGACAGCAAUCUAUGGAGUCGCCGCACCAACACCAACAAACUCUCCCUCUCCACCACCUCAGGCUCCGGCCAAGGUGACCGAAAUGUUUCCUUCUCCAAGCGAUUCGGCGGUGACAGCUCGUCGCACGGGGGCAAAAACCCUUUCAACUCCAUACCAACCUCAGCAGGUGGUGGCCUGGCAUCACCUGGUGGUGCAUCAUUUGGACUAGGCACUGGAGCUUUCUCGGCCUUUGGGUCCUCCAAGACCCCCAAGUCGCCUGGAAACCCUUUUGACAUGGCCUUGAAGACACCAGGCGCUGACAAGAUGCCAAGGGACAGCGCCAAUGGAGGCACAUCCAAGCCUGGUGCAGACGGUGGCGGUGGCGGUGACAGAGCAGCUGCUGACUCCAGCGCUGGCAAGAGUGGGAACAAUGGUGAUCCGGCUGUCCAGCACCCACUACGGAGCAGCUGGUCUUUCUGGUUCCGGCCGCCAAUCCCCAAGAAUGUGUCGAUCCCCUACGAGGAUACCGUCCAUGGUAUGGCCGAGGUCGCCACCGCCGAGCAAUUCUGGGCCGUCUAUCAACACCUGGGCCGUCCCUCGACCCUGUCUCCGGUCUCUGACUACCACAUCUUCAAAAAGGGCAUCCGUCCCAUAUGGGAGGACGAGGAGAACAGGAAGGGGGGCAAGUGGGUUGUGCGCCUAAAGAAGGGAGUCGCUGAUCGGUAUUGGGAGAAGCUGAUGAUGGCCCUGAUUGGAGACCAGUUCGGCGAUGCUGGCGAGGAGAUCUGUGGUGCUGUCGUGAGUAUCCGGAACGGUGAAGAUAUCAUCAGCAUCUGGACGGCUACCAGUGAGGGCAAGGUCCUUCGAAUCAGGGAGACCUUCAAGCGCGUCAUGGAGUUCCCGUCCAACACCAAGAUCGAGUGGAAGGUGCAUGAGGACAGCAUCCAGCAGCGCAUCACAAUCGAGGAGUCUCGUAAGGAGAAAGCCAACCAGCACCGGAAGCCCCAGAACCAACGACAGCACCCAGGACACAGCAGUGAUGCGGCUCAGGCCUCGCAGGUAUCAUAGCGUGGACCUGUCCGAGAGUCAACUCCGCCACCCUUGUCACCUUGGGCUGUUUGGUCUCGCCCUGGACGUCUGCAAGGAUUGAGAAGUAUCGACGAGACUCCAAAGAACUUCUCUUGACUAUUUAAGUAAAGGAUGUUGCGAGAGAGAUAAAAAAAAAAAAAAAAGAACAAGAAAACCCCCUCAGAAGAGCUAAAAUCUGAACAAACGCCACUUGCCUGUAGUCCGAAUACUCGGGCGGCGAAAGACGUCAGGGACCCUUGGGACUUAGGAUAAUCAAGAUGGAUCCAAACUGGACGUACAACUAUGAGGCCGUGGAUGGAUGCCUGCUCCUCUGAGACUGGUAGUAUGUUGGGAACAUUCUGAUGAGCAGAUGUCUCGCUACUAUCUGUCGUGGCGUGCGGCCAAAGCGAUAGCACAACAGCUAUAUUUGAUCGGUCUGAAUGUGUCGGAUUGCAAUCAAUACUGAAUUUCCAAGCGAACCCCUCAGGCAAUGGAGCGUUG